CUAUCCGAUCUUCAUCCGAGAUUCAUCUCGACGCGACGCCUCGACCUCCCGAACAAUCGAGACUCCAGACCAGAGAGAAAAAAUAUAGAAAAACAAGAGGCGCCAAAGGAACCCAAGAAAUUAUUCCUCGACAUAUUCCGUGGCUCGCGUCACAGCUCAACAAAGUCCCUCGUUCCGGAUCAUCCUAUGCUCUCCCGCUCUAUAUUAAAUCCUUCCUCGCAAGCUUUAAAGAUCCGCCAUUGCUGUUCGGACGGUCACCUGCUUCUCCAGUUCAGGAAGGAGGUGGAGAAAGGAAAAAGAAGAGAGAGUCGAAAGGGAAGAAGGAAUACACCGAGAAAAAUGAGGAGCUAUAUGGAAGCAUUAGAGGAAGAGAGGCGCAAAAUUCAGGUCUUUGAGCGUGAGCUCCCCCUCUGCUUGGAGCUAGUGAUCCAAGCGAUUGAGAGGUGCAAGCAGCAGCUGUCGGUGCAGGGGCAGUCGUCGGAGUGCAAUUCCGAGCAAACGUCCAUGGACGGUCCUGUUCUGGAGGAAUUCAUCCCUCUGAAGGGUUCGUAUUCUGGGGACGACGAUGAAGAUGAUGUCUGCGAGGACGAUGACGGGGAUGGCGACGUGCACCAUUCCUCGGUUGGUGAUAAGAGUGGAGACGAUAGUACGAUGAAGAAAUCGGACUGGCUCAGAUCCGUGCAGCUGUGGAACCCGAACCCAGAUCCCAUCCCACGUAAAGAGGUUCAGGAUCCGCCUCCUCCGCCACAGCCGAAUGAAGUCGCAGUGGUUGUUUGCGACGUGAAAAGCCAUCAAGAUGGUGCUUUUCAUCCAUUUCAAAGCGGCGAAAAUGAUGGUCGUGAUAGUACCAAGAAGAAGCAGCCGUCUGGUCGAGCUGCACUGCCCGCGCCCGAUGCCGCCGCCUGCUCGACGGCGGAGAAGGCCGGUGGCCGGAUCGGCAGGAGAGAGGAGAGAUCGCAAGGCCAAGGACAGGCGGCCCGACGGAAGCAGCGUCGGUGCUGGUCGCCGGAGUUGCACCGGCUAUUCUUGCAAUCUCUUCAACAGCUUGGGGGUCCACACGUUGCGACUCCUAAGCAAAUCAGGGAAGUGAUGAAGAUCGAUGGCCUCACAAACGAUGAAGUUAAAAGCCAUUUACAGAAGUAUCGACUGCACACGAGAAGACCAAGUCCCAACGGCCAUGGCAACGCCAAUGCUCAAGCGCCUCAUUUCGUUGUCGUGGGCGGAUUAUGGAUGCAGCCACCAGAUUUCAGCCCGGUGGCCGCCGCGAAACCCCCCCUUGAAGUGGCCUCUAAUGGGAUCUACGCACCGGUCGCGAUGCUUCCACAGCCGCUCAGCCCGUCACACAAGAAAUGCGGAUUCAUCGCUUCAGAAGAGCGAAGCAGUCAUAGGGAAAGUGGUGUCGAUCAUUUCCAUAAUUCCUCAUCUACAACAUCGACGUCCACACAUACAACCGCCGAUUUUUGAGUUGUACCGGGCCUGAGCCGUGUCGAAAUUUUGUGACGGGAUCAUAAACAAAUAAAACAAUUUUGAUAUUC